GAGAGAGAGGCAGUAGGCAGCACAAUAUGCGGCUGGCCCCCGCGCGUUCCAACAAAUUCGCGAGCUUUCGCGAACACUCUCAAUCUCUCUCUCUCUCUGUGUACGGCAAAAGCUUUCACUUUAUUUAUGAAACCCAGAAGAUAAACUCAAACUCAAACUCAAAACUCAAACCCAAAAACAAAAAUAAAAACAAAAGCUAAAUAAAUUGAAGUCCCAGCCUUUGUCAUAUUCCCACGCAAAGCUCUUAUCUUUCCAUUCUACUCUUCACCAUUGCAUUCAUUUCCUAACUAUGGCCUCAACCUCAACAACGGCGUCGUUUUCGGGGCUCAGUCUGUGUCGGACCAACUGUGGCAGCAAUAAUAUAAAUACUCUGUUGGCUCAUCCACCGCGUCUUUCCCUCCCCCUCACAUCCAAAUCCAAAUCUGCAAAGCCCUUUAACUCGCUUCAACUCAACCGAAACGCUGCCUUUCCAAAUGGGUUUCGCAGAUUUCGCUCUCCACGCACACUCGUUGUUCGCUGCGAUGCUUCAUCUGGAACUGGAAGGAUAACCCAACAAGAAUUUACCGACAUGGCAUGGCAAGGGAUUGUUUCGUCGCCAGAAGUGGCAAAAGAGAACAAGCAUCAGAUAGUGGAGACAGAGCAUUUGAUGAAGUCCCUCUUGGAGCAGAAGAAUGGGCUCGCUCGCCGGAUUUUCUCCAAGGUUGGAGUUGACAAUACCAAACUUCUAGAAGCUACUGAUAAGUUCAUCCAACGCCAACCAAAGGUUCUUGGUGAAUCAGCUGGUUCAAUGUUAGGACGUGAUUUGGAAGCCUUGAUUCAGCGAGCCAGGGAAUUCAAGAAAGAGUAUGGGGAUUCAUUUGUGUCUGUUGAGCAUUUGGUUCUUGGUUUCAUACAAGAUCAACGAUUCGGGAAGCAAUUAUUUAGAGAUUUUCAAAUAUCACAGCAAACUUUGAAAUCUGCAAUAGAAGCCAUAAGGGGACGCCAAUCAGUUAUUGACCAAGAUCCUGAAGGGAAGUAUGAAGCACUUGAAAAAUAUGGAAAAGAUUUGACAGCCAUGGCAAAAGCAGGAAAGCUUGACCCAGUAAUAGGAAGAGAUGAUGAAAUACGCAGGUGCAUCCAGAUUCUCUCCAGGAGAACAAAGAACAAUCCUGUUCUAAUUGGUGAGCCUGGUGUAGGGAAAACUGCAAUUUCUGAAGGGCUUGCUCAAAGAAUUGUGCAAGGAGAUGUGCCUCAAGCUCUAAUGAAUCGUAAGCUAAUAUCACUUGACAUGGGUGCACUCAUUGCUGGGGCAAAAUAUCGGGGAGAAUUUGAGGAUAGGCUAAAGGCUGUACUCAAGGAAGUUACAGAUUCAGAUGGCCAAAUUAUCCUCUUCAUUGAUGAGAUCCAUACAGUUGUUGGAGCAGGUGCUACGAAUGGCGCAAUGGAUGCAGGCAAUCUCUUGAAGCCCAUGCUUGGUCGGGGAGAGUUGCGUUGUAUUGGUGCAACAACUCUGGAUGAAUAUCGGAAAUAUAUUGAGAAAGAUCCAGCAUUGGAGCGCCGUUUUCAGCAAGUUUAUGUUGAUCAACCUUCAGUGGAAGACACCAUUUCUAUACUGCGGGGUCUGCGUGAAAGAUAUGAGCUGCAUCAUGGAGUCCGCAUUUCUGAUGGUGCACUUGUGGAAGCUGCUAUUCUUUCAGACCGUUACAUCAGUGGCCGAUUUUUACCUGACAAAGCUAUUGACCUGGUUGAUGAAGCUGCUGCCAAACUGAAAAUGGAAAUUACCUCUAAACCAACUGCCCUUGAUGAGAUCAAUCGUUCGGUAUUGAAGCUGGAGAUGGAGAGGCUCUCUCUUACAAAUGACACAGAUAAAGCUUCUAAAGAUAGGUUGCACCGGCUUGAGGCUGAGUUGACUCUCCUCAAGGAGAAACAAGCCCAGUUUACUGAGCAGUGGGAGCAUGAGAAGUCUGUCAUGACCCGCAUUCAGUCAAUGAAAGAAGAGAUUGACAGAGUAAAUCUCGAGAUCCAGCAGGCUGAACGGGAGUACGAUCUUAAUCGUGCAGCUGAACUGAAGUAUGGGAGCCUCAACUCUUUGCAACGACAACUUGGAAGUGCAGAAAAAGAGUUGGAUGAGUAUAUAAAAUCUGGAAAGUCCAUGCUGAGAGAGGAGGUUACAGGAAGUGAUAUUGCUGAAAUUGUCAGUAAAUGGACAGGUAUCCCUGUUUCCAAGCUUCAACAAUCAGAGAGGGAGAAGCUAUUACAUUUGGAGGAAGAACUGCAUAAACGUGUUGUGGGUCAAGAUCCUGCGGUGAAAUCAGUAGCUGAGGCUAUUCAGCGAUCUCGAGCUGGUCUUUCUGAUCCUCACCGUCCAAUUGCCAGUUUCAUGUUUAUGGGUCCCACUGGUGUUGGGAAGACAGAGCUAGCCAAGGCGCUUGCUUCCUACAUGUUUAACACAGAAGAAGCUCUUGUACGAAUUGAUAUGAGUGAAUACAUGGAAAAGCAUGCAGUUUCAAGAUUGAUUGGAGCCCCACCUGGUUAUGUGGGGUAUGAGGAAGGAGGACAGCUGACAGAGAUAGUUCGCAGGAGGCCGUAUGCAGUCAUUCUCUUUGACGAGAUAGAGAAGGCACAUUCUGAUGUGUUCAAUGUGUUCCUUCAGAUUUUAGAUGAUGGGAGAGUAACUGAUUCCCAAGGUCGCACUGUGAGUUUUACAAACACUGUCAUCAUUAUGACUUCAAAUGUGGGUUCACAGUACAUACUCAAUACAGAUGAUGAAAACUCACCCAAGGAAUUGGCAUAUGAAACUAUUAAGCAACGGGUAAUGGAAGCUGCAAGAUCAAUCUUUCGGCCGGAGUUUAUGAACAGGGUUGAUGAGUACAUAGUUUUCCAGCCUCUGGACCGCGAUCAGAUAAAGAGCAUCGUCAUGUUACAGUUGGUACGAGUGCAAAGAAGGAUUGCAGACAGGAAGAUGAAAAUACAAGUAACAGACGCAGCUGUUGAGCUCCUUGGAAGUCUUGGUUAUGACCCGAACUAUGGUGCCAGGCCAGUUAAGCGAGUGAUUCAGCAGAAUGUUGAGAACGAACUUGCUAAGGGCAUCUUGAGAGGCGAGUUUAAGGAGGAAGACACAAUAUUAAUAGAUACAGAAGUUACAGCAUUUUCCAAUGGCCAACUUCCCCAACAAAAGUUGGUCUUCAGGAGGCUUGAAACUGAUUCAGAAAAUACAGUUGCAGAUGGCAAAGAAGCCUUUUCACCUACUCUCUAAGUCUCUCGUGCUUAUUAAUUUCACUAUACAUUAGGUUCUUUACACAAAUUUUGGCGAAGAAUGUAAUAUAGUACCUGAUAAAAUUGUCCUCUUGUAUAUUUCUUGUUGUUUUCAUAUAAAAUUACAAUCUUUGAAAUUCGAGUCA